AUGGAGGGUGAGAUGAAGAAUUUCGCCAAGGUAUGGGUUUCAGUCUUCAUAUCUCUAAGCUACUGUUAUGCCAGAGGUAAGAUUGUCCCCAGAGGCAUUCCAAGACUGCUUUGUAUGCUCCCAAUCGUGUGCCUCUUCCUUGUCCUUCCUCUCAACCUCUCCUCCGCGCAUCUCGGGGGCACCUCUGCUUUCUUCGUUGCUUGGCUCACCAACUUCAAACUCUUGCUCUUUGCUUUUAGCAAAGGGCCUCUUUCCUCAGUCGACCCAUCACUCCCUCUUGGGAGCUUCGUUGCCCUUGCUUGUUUUCCCAUUAAGAUCCGACAAAACCCACCUCCAAAGUCAUCGGAAAACCCCCAAAACAAACCAAUACCUUCAGAUCCAAAUGGCAAAACUGAGGAACACCCAGCUCCCAAAAAGCCCAAGAGUGGACACAAGUCGCGUCUAAACUAUGCUGUAAAGGGUCUACUGGUAGCAUUGUUGAUCCGAGUCUAUGACUAUCGCCAGCACAUUCAUAUUAAUUCACGAUUUGAAUUCACUCUCUUACUGUUUAAUUUUAAAAAUUAA